UUUGUUCGAAUCCGUAGGACGGAUCUGUCGUUCCGGACGUUUUAAAUUACAAAAUUAAACUAGUUUUGUUCGUUUGUCGAAACUAAAUUUAAUUAUUGUAAACGCGUCGGGAGUUAUAUUGUUUUCGUGUAAAAUCAAAUUUUAAUUAUCCGUGGGUGUUUCGUUUUGGAAGUUUGUUUGAUGCCAGUGUCAUGUUCUAUUUAAAAAAGUUUGGUGUGUUUAGUUUCUAGUGUUCUUCUAAAUUUGAAAUUGUGCGUUGUUUAAUUGGAAUGCUUUUUCGGAUUUUCAAAUCAAAGUAAUCAAUGAGAUGCGGUGCAUCACAAUGUAGCAGCGUCGUGGUCAAACGAGACCCCGUCAUGGCCGGUCCUACGCCCCGGCGCGCGGCCCGGCACAGUGUUGGUGUAGUGAAAUGUCUGUUGUUCGUGUCAGUGAUAACGCAGUGCGUGGCCGGGAAACCGAUGAGUGAGACGCUGCAGAGGGCGCUGUCCGCCGUCAGGGGUCCCAGUCCUGGUGCCAAGAAGUUGCUGAACAUACCAGAGGAUGGAGCUGAUCCACUGCCGGGCAAGCAUGUCCCGUUGGAGAGCUACGAAAGCGAGUUGGAGAGAGAGCACGCGCUGCCGACUUCCGUGCCCAACGCGGACAUACUCAAGACUAACAGCAACCCCACGUACCACAAGCCCAGACCGCCCCAGCAUCAUGGAGCCUCCCUGCUGGCGGGCGUCGGGGCGGUGCCUUCGUACGCGCCUCCCGGACGAGCGUUCUUCACACCGCCUUUGCCACCGGAAUACAAAAACCCAUUUGCCGAUAAGCCGACACUUAGAGGCACGAAUACAGACGGGAACAAUUAUCUUAACAGGAGGCCCAUACCUCCCCCCUCCCUGGGGCCGGGACACGAGAGGAUACCGAUCAGACCUCCGGGACAGGAGAGCUCUCCCCCGCAGGUGCCGGCGCCGCCCCCCGCGCCCCCGGCCGCACCUGACGUCACACACAGGAAGAUACCGCUCAACACUCCUAGCCAUAAGCCGGACGAACUAGAACCUGACGGUAAACAAUCCCAAGCCAACUUUACGGACUUUGUUCCGAAUUCACUCGACAUUCCUGCCAUAACUCGGAUACUGUCCGGAUCUAACGGCAGGAAAGAGGACAUUCCGGAUGUCCUGCUCAGGACAGUAACGACUAAACCUCAACACAGCCAGGAGAAGACCUCGAAAAGUGACAUUUUUGUUACAAAAGACGUUGGCGUCACUCUCAGUGAUACCAACAAAGACACAUCCACUGAAGGAUCAGUGUUACCAGUCCUAGAUCCAGACAUGAACAAUCUAGACCGGCCGUUGAUCAUAGAUCAAAACGGCGAAACUAAUACCAGGAGAAACAUACAAUAUUCUACUAAAAACGAAACCAAGAAAGAGUACACGCCAGGGACGACCGUAGGGUUCGAGCUAAAAGACCCCGAGAUGUCCACUGAGAGGUACCACAACCUUGCCAACGUCAACUCGGACAAGAAGAUCCUGAAGCAGGAUCCGAAGGGCGGCGGCGCGGUGCAGCGACAGGGCGCGACCUGGCCCUUCGCCUGGAAUGUGCACAUCUAUUUCGCGACGGUCAUGUUCACGAUAUUGGCCGUCUACUCAAUCUUUAAAAUCAUAUGCUACAACAAGUUCACCCACCUCUUCACUCAAUACUACUUCAUCAUACUCCAUUUGAUAUUAGUUUUCGUUUGUUUGAUGAGGAUAUUCUACAUGUGCUACGAUCCUUAUAACAUUAAUAAUUCACUACCGAUUUUCAUCAGUGAAAUUUUGCUUCACAUUCCCGAAAUAUUCUUGAGCAUAGCAUUCGCUUGUACCAUCCUCUUCUUGCUCGUACACAGCAUGAACUUCAAGAACAAUUGCUGUUCGUUUCUGCUCCGGCCCAGGGUCAUCAUCGCGGGGGGCGGGGUCCACGUGCUGCUGUGCGUGAUGUUGCACAUACUCGAAACCAAUAGCACCAUAUACAAAACGCAGAACUCAGAAAAGAGAAUCUUAGGUCUGACCUGCGAAAUUAUCUUCAUAAUUGCGUGUCUAACUUUAGGUCUUGGUUAUUUGUAUGUAUUCAAAAUGCUUAAGACGGUCCUACAAAAGAAAAGUCACACGUACAUAAAUGGCUUCCAAAAUCUAUAUCAGGCCAUACACAUAAAUUUGGCGACUGCCUUGCUUUUUAUACUAAUGGCAACGUUACAAGUUUAUGGUAUAUUUGGUAUAAAUCAAGUGAACAUGAGUAAAUUUAACUGGCUGCAGUGGGGCUACCAGUUCUCCUUGAGGCUGAUAGAGAUCAGCAUAGUAGCGUUAAUAUCUUGGGUAAUCAGUUUGAAGGUAGGCGUUGGUCCGCUUCAGCACGAAAAGGCUGACGGCAGCAAAAUUCCAGGCUUGGGCCUUUUCACGUGCGGGGCUGGAUCUAGUAAUGAACAAUUUGAGUCUGACUAUCCAGCCAUAUGUAAUACUAACACAAAUCUUCAUACCUACACGUUAAGAACUGGUAAACCGAUAUAUGAAAGUGCCGGGCAUCAUCCGAACAUGGAACCAUGUUGUGGACCUAUGGACCACCCAAGGUUCCUCAAUACCUUGUCUGGUCCGUGUGAUAACAAUUCCGGUACUGAAAAUUACUCCGGCCAUAGUUCUAUAGCCAACGCUGGUCACAGCAGUUCAACGGAAUCUAGCAACGCGGCUUCCAGUCAGGGCGUGACCAACCAUUUGAUCAAACACCACCCAAAUAUGGGGUACAACGGCAUGGAGUCUGCGUCCGACGACCACUACUCGAACUGCGACCCCGCAAUACAGAGCUUGCAAGGAGACGACCCUUUGGAUCAUGAAUACAACGUCAUCCAAUAUGGUAGCAACAGUGACUUCAUUCGAGAUAUCAAAAACCAGAACUACAACGGCGGCUCCAACAGGUCCUCGCACAACUUCAAGCACAUGUCCUACGACAGGACGUCCUCUAGAACGAACAGCAAUCCCCGGAAAAAGCACAGAGCGAAAAACAAAAACGUUCAAAACUGCAUGACCAUGGGCUACGACUCCGCCGCCGGCCACCACUACCACCAGCCGCACGUGCCGGACGAGUACGGCAACUACAACACAGAGAACGCCUCCUACCACACGUCCGGAAUACAGACCCUCAACCCUAACAGGAACUACAGCAACGAAUGUCCGGUAAGGACCUCGCAGCGUCGGCACUCUCCAUCGACCUCCAUGGUCAAUUCGAGUGGUAGCCAAAAACGUGGUAAGGCGAAUCCAUUCCCGGACAGACCGAAGUCGACUGAUCUAUACGGGUUCGAAGAGCCCGGGAAGUAUCCUCACGGGAUGGGGACGCCCCAGCCGGCUCCGCGGAACUGUAGCUAUGAGGUCUCGUAUUCCCAGCCUCAAGACGAGAUCCCCAACGAGGCGGGCAGCAGCAUGCUGGUGGCGCAAGAUGGCUUCGUCAGGUUCAGGUCGCUGGAAGACGGACCCUCGCAAACCUGAUUCACCAUUAAUCUGUCGAGCGCGGCAGAUGACCUAAGUUUCUGACGAUGAUAUUGCCUCUUAUAAGAGCAAUAAACAGUGAAUUAAUAUAAAUUAUUGUGUAUUUCAGUGUGUAAAUAUAGAUUAUUUUUUAUGUCUAUUAAUUAGUACGCAAAAAUUUAUCGGCGUUACGUGUGACAUUUUCCAAACGCUAAAAUUGAACUGACCCGUUUUUAAAUAACAGCGACGUGACGUGACGAGAACACGUAACGAAACUCUAGACACGUUUGCACGGACGAACUAUGUAAAAUUGUAAAUGUUUCGUAGCUAGGUUAAUAUUAAGAAUAAUCGACUUAAACAAGGCCUUGUGUAUAUAGCUAAUAAUUUUAGUUCUCGAUCCCGGUACGACAAUGAAUCUACCGCCAUUUUGUGUAACAUCAGAACUCGGAAGUUCAUGAAAUGCCAUCUUAGAUUUUAGUUUUAAUAAUCACGGAACACGAAGCUCGGGUUCUCUUGUACAAUUUUGCAAACAACACUAACAACAAUUAGUAGCAGCUGUUCAUGUUAUUUCUGUAUUUAUUUUGACAUAAUACGGAAAUGAAAAUGUUUAUCCGUUGUUAUUUAUCAGAAGUCCGCGCGGCCGCCAUGUUGCAAAUUGUCCUCUAGCAUAACUUGUAUGUGAUAUUGAUGUAAAGGUUUUGUUUCAAACAAAUCUGUCCAUAGUUAAGAUUUAUAUCGUCUUAAUUUUAAGUGUUUUUGUACAAUUUUUUUGGGAUACAAUUCGAAGGGUUUUUUUUUUAAUUAUGAAACCUACGAUUCAUAUAGCAUCACCAUUACCGUAUUUUAUGUGUUUUGACAGAUGCCAUUUUGUCUAGCGAAAGUGGGUUGUAGUCUUAAAAAAAUGUACAACACGUAAUUUAAUUUCAAACAAUAAUAUAAUAUUUAUACGAACAAUAUUACUUUUUAACUAUUUAAUGACGAGAAAUUUAUAAUAAAAUGACGUUUAUUUGUAAUAUGUGUCAAUCAAUAUGUUGUGUUGUCAGUAUAAUAAAAAAUAAUUACCGAUAUCACGAGAAAAAUGAAUUUUUAUAAUAUUGAGUGUUACCAGAUUAGUUUUCACACGAAGCCAUUUUAUUUUUCCUAAUUAAUUAUAACUAGUCAGCAGACUAAUUUUGCCCUGCAGAUUUCAUAACACUAGACAAUCUUCUCAAUCAGCAAACGUAAUAAUGGUAUAGUUAGUACUUACCAUCCAGAUCGAAUGUUGUCUGAUAAUUAGUUUGUCUUUUUAGUUUAUUAUUAGUAGUAGGGCCUCUGAAGGCCUACAGAGGCUGCUACCGUCUGAUAUGUCAAUAGAUAUCAGCACAGUUCGCGUCUGACGUGCUCGGAGCGCCCGGACACACCGGCUACUGCGAAUUCGUUUGAUUCAAAGUACAUGGUCAUUGACAAAAGCCAUCGUCAAUCUUUGUGGACAAUGUGUUGUCCAUUUCUAGAUAUUCCAGUUACAAACAAUUGUCCUGCCAUAAUGUUAGUACAGAAAUGAUUUAUUCUUGUUAACAUAUUGAAAAAUAUAAGUUUGAUGUUUCAUUUGACACUUGAUUGUCAAUGUCAUAGUGACAUAUGACGUGUGACUUUUUAAUGUUUUAUUAUUUAUUUCAGUAAUUUUGAUUUUUCAGUAGUUUUUAAUCGUAAUAUGGGUCUUUCAAAGUUUCGGUUAAAUACAUUUUGAAAUUUCUAUUGAUUCCACAAUUAUAUAAUUUUAUGUACAUACUUAUAUUAUUCUAAUUUAAUUUAAAAAUUCCUAAAAAAGUAUCACAAUUUAAUUUAAUUUAAACCUGUUAUGGCUGAAGCAUUUCAACAAUGAAAUUAAUUCUUUUUCUUCAUUUCACGUCUUGAUUAAUCGGAUUGUUGUACAUUUACGUGGUAUUGUUCAAAUUGUUUCAUGUUUACGAAAAAAAAAAAAACCAUCUGUAUUCAAGUAUAAUUAUAAACUACAAAUACGUGGAAUAGAUAGGUAUAAAAAUAAAUGUAAAGAGAAUUUAAGGUGAAAAUAUAAUUAUUUAUAAACGAAAAAACUAUCAAAUAUCAAUUGAAAACUUAAUUUGUAAACAAAUGCUCAUAUUUUAUUCCUAAUUAACACCACGCGUUAAUAUUCAAAAAUAAGUACUUAGUUUUGUCAAAUUAUUACGUAAUUCUUAGAUAGAAAAAAUAUGCGUCGAAAUUUAUUUUUGUAUUAGAAUGGAUAAAAAUUGCUUGUACAAUGUACCAUUGAGACUUCAAUACAUUUAUAUAACUUAUUUAAUUUCAAUUAAUCCAUACGAUUACGCGUUUUAGCAAACGACAAAUUUUAUUUUCCUUACGCAUAUAAAUAAAUCUAAGUGACUGUUUUUGUAGAUUGACGCGUGGUUCGCAUACUGUAAAUAAAUUUUAUAUAAGGAUGUAUGGAAGACAUUUCUGAUGCCACGAAGUUUUUUUUUUUUUUUUUGAAUUUGUAAAUAACCUUUUGGGUGUAAUAGAACCCUGACACUAUGGACGCCGAGUCUUUUGUUGUAUUUUUUUUUGUAUUACUCAAGACUGUACCUACAUUUAUCAUUUAACGAGAACGAUGGUUAUGUAUAAAACAAUAAAUAAAAAAAGCGUAUUGACAA